UCGCUGUACUUGCCACCACUAAUACCAAUUGCAUCCCUCAAAAAAAAUACUGCGUGUGAAAAAGACCCGAACUUUUCGCAUACCUUUCGGGUGCCUACUUAUUCAGUGGAAAAGCGCGCGUUACUGCUCAGAUCGAUUCGAUCGCAAAACGGCUGUUCAAAAUGUUAUAAAACACCGCGCCGCGUCCGUAGACAGUCCCUGUUCUACUUUAAAACACACACCCACACACGCGCGCCGCCGAGUGUCAACAGCUGCCCUGGCGAAAAAAUGUCGGACAUUAACGAUGACCUGCUCAACUACGAGCUGGGCGAUGACAUCGAUGACCAAGCUCUGCUCGGCGCCGAUGAGGAUGAGUUGCUACUCUCGGACGAAGAGCUCGAAAAGGAUGUCACCAGCGAGGUGAAGCAGCAGAUGCGCGCCGAGGCCGAGGAGUGGGCCCAGGAGCAGAUUAGACAGCACGAGCGCAAGCACAAGGAGCAAUUGCAGGCAGAUGCGACUGCAGCGACUGAAGUCACUGUUGCAGCCACGGCCACCGCAGAGGUAGCACCAACUUUAAGGGCGCAACCAGAGCUAGCUUCAUCUCCUGCUCCGGAUCCUGUUCCUGCGAAACCUCUAGUCGCUCAGGUGGAGAAACAUGUUGACACAGCCCACGCGGCUGUGGCAGCUGAGCCAGCGAAGGAACUGGUGUCAGCCAGUCGCUCGGAAUCCCCACAACAGCAAGCUAAGGAGGAGGCGCCUCCAGCUGAUUGCGCCGAAAAGGAGGCGACUCAGAAUAAUGGCAACAGCGAGGAACAAGCUGAGAACGCUGGCAGUCAGAGUGAGGCUGAACGAGGACUGGGCUUGUGCUCGCUACUGGCCUCAUCCCAAGAGAGCCUGCCCAGCGCCAGCUCAGCCUCUGUGAUUUCAGAUCCGCGAGAGGACGACGAAGAGCGCGAGGAGCGCACCAACUACAAGACGGCCAGCGAGCGAUCUGACAACAAUCUGAGGCAGCAGCAAGAGCACGCACACAUGUCGCCCUACCAGCACCAGCAGCGGCGACUCCACGGCCAUGGAGAUAAACCCCGCGUGGGCGGAGGUGGACGCUUCAUGCAUGGCCAGCAGCAGCAGCAGCAGCAGCAACAGAGCCAGAUGGGCAAGCCGCCGCGUGGAAUUGGAACGCGCCACCAUCUGCUACGCAAUCCGUCGCCAAGUUUCGGCAUACAGCAGCAGCGCAUGGGCAUGGCCGGGAUGCAACCGCCGCCACAGCGAUAUGGCAUGCCGGGCCAGUACCCGGCAACUCAGCCACCCAACCAGUCACCACAACAAGCACCGACCAACACACAACAGCCACACAGCGCUCCCGCCUCUCCCCUCCACACUCCCACGCAUUCGCACAUGAUGCACCACAGUCACAAUCCGAACGGAGGCGUGCUGCACCACCUGCUGCCGCAUCCGCACGAGCAGGUGCGUGUGGGUCUGCUGCAACCACCGCCGCUGGCAUAUGCGCCCAAUCCGGGUGGCUAUCGCAAUGGAGCACUUCUGGGUCCGGGACCGGGACCUGGUUUGCAUCAGCAACACCAGUCGCCGCACCAGCAACAGUCGGGCAUGCGUCCGCCGCUGUAUCGGAAUGCCCCGCCAUCGUACGGCUACGACCAGGGACAUCCACCCCAGCAUCCGCAGCAGUUCAUGCGGCCUCACAACGGCUGGCGACCGCAGGGGGACAAUGCGCGCAUGCAGCGACCACCACUGCAAACGCUGCCACCGCACAUGAUGCCCGGCGCACCGCCGAACUAUGCCAAUGGCAUGGGAAUGCGAGGACCGCCGCCCCAGCAACAGCAAUCGCAGCAGCCGCCACAGCAGCAGCCAGCACCGCAGCAGGCGGGCAAUCCCCUACAGCAGGCCGUCAAUCCUGGCCAGCCCCCUCAACAGCCGAAUGGACCGCCGCAGCAGCAGGGCUCAUCAUCGGUGCCCCGGGUCAGCAAGGUGCUCAUCAAUCCGAAUUUCAAGGGCGGCGUCGAAGCGGCUACCAACAAGUUCAUCAAGGAGACACACUUUAUGCCCGCCAUUAACAGCGAGGCCGAGUUGCUGCGCCAGCAGGUGGAGUUCAUCAACAAGAAUCGGCAGUACAUUGAGAAGCGACGCAUGGAACGCUCGCCACCGUCGUCGGGCUCCUCCACCGGAGCCGCCUCGUCCGGCCAGGCAGGCGAACGGAGGCGAACACGUAGCCGCAGUCGCUCUCGUGGUCGCAGUUACUCUCCCGUUAAGCGCGUGGAAAGAGAACGCGAGCGGGAGCGGGAGCGCGAGAGGGAUCGUGAAAGGGAUCGGGAGCGAGAUCGUGAACGAUAUGGCGCCAAUCGGGCGGCUGGAAACCGUGGAUUCCGACGGGCAUCGAGUCGGGAUCGAGACGAGAAUCGUGGCGCAGCAAGCACCGCCAGUGCUCAAGGAGCGGGCGGAUCAGCAUCCAGCGGAGCUGCGCCCCCCAAGCGACGAAGGAGUGGCUCGGCCGGAGGAGGCACUGCCCGGAAUCCAUUCUCUGGCGAGCCGCGCGGCCGACCCUCCGAAACAGGCAGUCGCAGUAUGCCCAGCGACGAGGACGAGGAGACCCGCAACUAUCGCCUUGAGAUUGAGAAGCAGAAGCAACUGCGCGAGAAAAUCAUGCGAGACAAGGAGCUGAAGCGUCGGCGCGCAGCCGAGGAGAAGCUACACGAGGAGAAACGCGCCGAGCAGCACAACACUUCGCCAGCCCGCGACGACCAGGAGGUGGCCGCCGGACAAGGAUCUGCAGCGCCAACACCUGCAGCGUCAAAGCAUCGGCCAACCGCAUCAGCCGGCGAGCGCAAGGUGAUCUCGCUGAAGCGUCGCGACGACCAGGAUGCGAGCAGCGUACGCAGCAGGCAGGCACAGGGAUCGCAGUCCAAUGCUCAGGCAGGCCAAGGUCAGCAGCAGCAGCAGGCGGCGCGCAAGCAACUAACGGCGGCGAAGAUAGCGCCAGAGGCAAAGCGCAGUAUAACCGAUCACCUGGCGCCAUCCUCUAAGCAGCAUCAUCAUCAUCAUCAGCAGCAUCAUCAGACUGCAGCGGCGCCGGCGAGAACGGUGGUAUUGGGAUCGGGAGCUGUGGCCGGCGGCACACCGCCGAAGCCGCGCGAUAAGCUGCGCCUGGGCACGCCAAGCGACGAUGAAGUGGAGCUGGACUAUGAUGACGAUGACCUGCUGCUGGACGAGGAGGAUCGUUUGUUGGCCACGCCAUCGCCGCCGCCGCAGAAGGCGAGCAGCAAAAGAUCGGCCACGCCGGAGCCCUUGGUGGUCAAGCGGAACCACAAGGCGAUGCGUGGCGGCAGCUCGACAUCAGCGCCCAGCUUUAGCUCCAACCAGCGGCGAGUGGUGCUCAAGCCGACCAGCAAUGGCAGCAGCAGCAGCGGAGGAGAUCAGCAGCAGUUGUCGCACAGCGGCAGGCAGCGGGAUCGGAGGCGCGGUGGAGAGGAUAGCGCACUGCAGCGGAAAGGUGGAGUAGGAAGCGUUGGCGGCAGCAGCAGCUCGGGAUCUGGCGGAGGGAUCUUCGAUAGGCUGGAGAAGCGUGUGGCCGUCUCAGGAGGAGGGAGCAGCGGUGGAGGCGGCGGGAGCAGCCACAAGCAGCGAUCCAAGGCGCCCGCCCGCAUCGUACUCAAGCACGAUUGAUAAGAAUAUUUAGUUUAAGAAUAUAUAGUUUUCUAUAACUAUUAUCGAUUAUAGAUGUACGACGAUGAUGGGGAGUAGUGCAGUAAGCAGUACUUUAGCUUUAAGGUAAAAAGUUAUAAAUAGUUGAGCUUUCUUUAUAAAUAGCGGAUUAUACAUAUAUCUAGAUGUCAUGUAAUUGGUGGGUGUGCGUGAGGGUCUCUACCCCGUGCUCCAUGCGGUAUGCAAAUUCAUUUAGCUUUAAGUGUACAAAUCUUAUCAAUGACUAAAACGUGCUUCGUUUUCUUAAUCGCUAUUUGUAUUUAAACGUAGGAUAAAGUGGAAUGCUUAAAGCUUGACCUGGACAACAAAACAAUUACCGUAUAUAACUUUAGCAACACAAACUAGGACCCAAAUGUGCAUACUAUGUGCAUGCUCAUAGCCCUUAGCCUAUGUAAUCAAGUGAAAAAUAUUUACACCUCUACAUACAUUUAUAUAUAUAUACAUAAAGUGUAUAUAUUUAUUUAUAAAUACUUCAAUUUAGUUUUAAGCACAAAAGCUGAGCGUCUAUUUUUUAUGAUGACAAUUCUACAAAGAUUUUAUUGAAAGAAAGAGAAGUUAAGAAGUGCAAAUGCUUCUUAGGAAUUUACUUUAAAUUUACCUUUAGUUAUUUGAAUUAUUUUAUACAUUGUGCCCCGUUGAUUGUAAAUGAAAUUUAUUGUCUGUCCUGUUGUGUUCUUUGUAACUACUAUAAACCACAUACGAAACUAUGUUAGCUUGUGAACUAGUUUAACUAAUAAACUUGAAAUAUUGCAGCAUGUAACGUACUUGUACACACAAAGCAAUACCUUAAUGGCCUGGAAAACGCAGACACAUAGAAUGCUACCGAUAAACUGGUAAUGCAAAAUGAUCAAACCAUAAAUUACAAUGGCAUAGUACAUAGGAUACCACAUACCACUUACCAUAUAACACUUAUCGCUCACUUAAAAAACUGGCCAGUUAAAGAGUAAUCAGCGGAAUGAAGUCUUCGUUGGUGAACCGCAGAAUUGAUGAUGAGCAAUGAUGGAUAAUACCUAGUAAUACUAAGUACUUGUACAUAAUACAAUCGAACUAUUCGGCUAGCCACAUUUAUGUAAACAUACCACACACUUUCCUACGAAAGCUGAGAACAUAUUGUCCGAUCUAGAACAACAGCCAUAAACUUCACUUAGAUUAUUUGCGUCGAAGAUAAUGCGAAAUGCCUAGACUAAAGAGAUUGUUAAAUUAUUGCCACUCCCGCUCCCGAGAAAUAUAAAUAUAUAUAUAUAUAUAUAUAUAUAUAUAUAUACUUAAGUCAUAGAGAGAUCUGCAAGAACCAUUGUAAUUGGACAGUAAGCAUUGUACUUUGCACACUAUUGCAACACUCGAGAAACCCCAAUUGUGUCGAUAAGCUAAUGAACGAAUACGUUAAUAUGAGUCAUUUUUAUUGUAACUAAGCUAACUAGAUAAAGAAAAGGUAGAGGUAUAUCGCAAAUGCAGAUGACAUGAAAUGUAUGUACUAAAAUCGCUCUAUUAAAAACGCAUCGAAUCCGAAUGCGGUACAAGCUUGACUUUUGCAUUGAUGUAAGUGGCACAUUUAUUCAUGUGACAACAACACAAAGAGAUACAAAUGUAACUAUCUAUCUAUUUAUCUAAUAUGUGUGGCGAAGGUAAUUGUUGAGGAUGAAAAGGGGUCGCAACGCUAGAAAAUGAUAAGAUUUAAUGGGAAGCGCAUAAAGAAAUCGUAUAUGCCUAGGUAUAUACAUACGUAUAACUCUAGUAAUCGUAAUGCUACACACAAUAUGAUAUAAUAUAUGGAUUAAUAAAAACCAAUUAUACCACGUGCACACAUAAAAGCGUGCGGCAGCAUAACUGUAUAAACAUCUAAAAAUUAUUCCAAGUGAUUUUAGCUUUUUAAGAACCAAGUCGAAACAAACUGAACACUCGUAGUGGAAAACACGAAAUAGCGCAAGCAAAUGACAAAACAAAAAUUGAAAUGAUUCCAAUUUGCAAAUCCGAGUCUGUGAUUAUUUUUAUAUUAUUCUUAUUAUUAUGCAUAUACAUAUAUUACGAUAUAUAACAACUAUCCAUUACGGCCCAACCCACAGAUCACCAAAACAUACUCGUAAUAAUUUUGUUUACCCACCCGAUCGUUUUACCCCAAAAAUUUCUUAUUUUGUACACCCCAAACUACAAACCUAAAACUUUAAAAUCAAAUACUAGAAUUAAGUGCUAGUUAAAUCGGUUUGCGAUCAGGCUCCAACGCUCCAUUCUCAGUCAAAUAGAUUAGAUUACUUGGGGAUUCGUCAUUUAUGUGUGAUAUACCAUAUAUAUGUAUAGUUUUUUGCGGGAUCGGGAGUGGAGUGGAGUGUUUGGAGCGUUGCGAUCAAUGCCUAUUUAGUGUAUAAGUGCAUUAUAUUUUCGGGGCACUAGUUUUCGAUACUGGGCCCCACACACACACAAGACAACACCAUCUAAUAUUCCCCGCAUUUUCCCAGCUUUACAUUUUCAGUUCGAAUCGCCAAUACAUUUUACCUGUGUAUAGUGUAUAGUUAAGAACCGACUAGCAGAAAUGCAAACACUAUUCGAUGUUAGUUAUCUAUAUAUGUACCUAGAAAGUUACUCUCUAUGUGUGCACGAAACCUAUCCGUAAAUUUAUUUAUUAUAAUUUUAAGCAUUUUGAACGAUAAUAUCUCUGUUUCUACACGCCCAAAAAUUUUUGAUUUGUUAGUCCUAGACAAAUAGUUUGAUUUUGUUAUAGUUUGUAACUUAACUUUUUUCCUCCCCUUAUUGUUUAUGCCCCUGUUAUCACGCCAAACUACUGUUCCUAACCCAAUCCAAUUCCCCAUCACGUGUUAUACCCAUCAUUUAAAACUAACCUAAAAAUGUCAAUUGGAACUUUUUUCGAUGGCGAACGCAACUGUACCCCCAAUGUUCCUUAUUCCAUAACAUUCCCUAGUCCUCUAUCUCGCUCUCUGACAACUAUCUCUCUCUCUCUCUCUCUCGCUGACACCUAUAUCUAUCUCUGACCAUCGCAAUAGCUGUGUCUCUGUCUCGCGCGUGCACAUGCAUUAGAGCAGAGCAGAGAUACCCAGAUAUUAACUUAAUUGUAAUCAUAUAUAAAACCUAUACCUAAUUUUCUUUCAGCACUAUUCUUUGUACAAAUCGAAAGAAAAAAUUGACAAAAAAGAACGUACAAAAAAAUCAAAUCAAAUGAAACGAAAAGAAUGACAACAACUUAAAAACCAAAAAAUUAAAAAAAAAAAAAAAAAUGAGAAAAAAGGAAUGAAUAAAUUACAGAAAGUAGUUAGAUUGGGCGAGGUGCCAUUUGACGAGGGAAGCUCCGCGGGCAGCUCGCCAAAGAACUUUUGAAGAAGACUAAAUAAACUGAUAUAUACAUGAGAAUACAUGAUAUAUAUAGAGACCCAGUCCUGUAUAUAUUUGUAUAUGUAUAUUUUUUACAGCAUUC